AUGCGGUGGAAAUUCGGCUCGGAAUGCUUGCUACACCCGGGACUUAUGUCUCUGCUGGCGGAGGGUCGGGUACUGUGAUGAGUGACGGCACACUUGUGUUUCCCAUGCAGGCCACAGAUAAUGGAAAUACCUUUUUGCUUCUCGCGCACUUCACCCCGUCAGAGAAUGAAUGGAAGCCUGUAGUCUAUAUGGUAGGUGAGGGUUGCCACAAUCCAUCGAUUGUGGAGUGGGGCGAAGUCUAUGACCGAAGCAUCUUCAUGAUGGCUCCCUGCAAGGAUCGUUCCUAUUACAUGUACAAGUCUUUAUCUUUGUACUAUUCGUCGAGCGGUGAACCAAUUUCUCGCUUGUGGGGCAUCUCACAUGAUAGAAAAAGGGAGGGGGCGCGAAGUGGUUUCAUCACUGCAACCAUCGAUGGAAAGAAGGUGAUGCUGCUUACCCUGCCGGUGUAUUCUGAGGAGAAGGGAGAGGGUCGGCUGCAUCUUUGGGUGACAGACAAUGCCCGUGUGCACGACGUUGGGCCGGUAUCUCGCGAAGGCGAUAACGCUGCCGCCAGCUCCCUGCUGUACACAGCUGACAAGAAGGAGUUGAUUUUACUGUACGAGAAGAAGGCGAAGAAUGGGGAGGGUGAUUUAUACAGUAUUGUGGCUGUGAACCUGACUGAGCAGCUGGAGCGGAUAAAGAGCGUGGUGAAGGCUUGGAAAGAUAUGGACACCGCACUAACAAACUGCGCUUCCACUGGCACUGUUGACCCGCGGAUAAAGAAUGUGUGUAAAGUGCCCAUUCCCACCAAAGGGCUUAUUGGCUUUUGGUCCAACAGUUUGGAAGGGAAUUUAUGGAAAGACGAGUACUUCGGAGUGAACGCAAUGGUGCGUGGUGGGAAUGUGGCAGGCACGGAGGGGGGCGUGAGGUUCCGAGGCGCAGCAGCGGGGGCGGAGUGGCCGGUGGGCAACAAGGGGCAGUUCCAACCGUACUACUUUGUGAACAAUGACUUCACUCUUGUGGCGACGGUGAUGAUUAACGCGGUGCCGGAGACAGAGGGUCCUGUUCCUUUGAUGGGUGUGAGGAUGAAUGACGAUGCCAAUACUGUGCUUGUUGGUCUGUUCUACACGAAGGACAAGAAGUGGGGAGUAAUUGUCAACGGAAAGUCUCGGGAGUUGUCAGAUAAAGAUGGUACGUGGCAGCCUGGCACAACGUAUCAAGUGAUACUGAAAAAGCUUAGGGAAUCGUUGUAUGUGUACGUUGACAAUAAUGAGCUUAUUCAGGAGGAUGUUGCGCCCUUUGAGUACACCCCACGCGGUGUCUUGGACUUCUACGUUGGCGGCGACGGUGCGAAGGGGACAGGCGAGGUUGACGUGACGGUGGGCAAUGUCCUGCUGUACAAAGAGGCACUUGGUGAUAAUAGGCUCACGAGCCUCAGUGCCAGCAAAGUCACACUUCCAACACCAGCUGCUGAGGGGCCACUCACAACGCUGGGAAAUGAUGAGGAGAUUACCUCCAAGCUGAAACCUGGAGAAAAGAGGAUUGGUGACGGUUUGAAUCCUGAAGGGCGUCUACCAGAGGAGGCCCAUAAAGGCAAUCACAGUGCUGGUGAGGAGUCGGGGUCUGCGCCGGCUUUGUCUUCGCCAAGGGUGCGCCUGGCUGUUGGAUCCAAAAACACCAGCGCGAGUCUUGCGAAGGACGCAUCCAGCAUUUCUCUUUCUGGUGACAGCUCCGUUGCUUUCGACAACCUUACACGUGUGAGGCCCGAUUCAGGAAGCGGUGACGGCACGAUGCGUGGGUGUGUGUCUCGGCUGCUUCUGCUGCUAUUGGUGUUAUUGGGUUUUGUUUCCCUGUGCUGA